AUGUCAAAGGUGACUGGAGCAAAGUUCUCCGUCGUUGCCUUUGUGCUUCCCCGUCUCUCAUCAUAUCAAGGCUCCACGACGAAACACCGCAAGAGCUGGCCACACCUCAAGGGACUACCGUUGGCCGAACCGAACUACUUGGCCACCGACCCAGUCGAGCUGCUUCUUGGAGCAGAAAUCUGCUCAGCAAUUUUCGAGGAUGGACUCCGCAAGGGUGGACCACAAACUCCCAUGGCACAGAACACCAUCUUGGGAUGGAUUCUGUCAGGGGGGUGCGGCAUUGCAACACUGCACGGCCACCUCAAAUCUUUCCAGUGCACCGCUGACUUCGAUCUCACAACGAUGGUCCGCCGCUUUUGGGAGCAAGAAAAAGUGCCUUCCGCUCCCUCCGCUCUCGCACCCGAGGAAGACAGGUGCGAGAACUUCUCCGUGCAGACGCACAAGCGCAACAUUGAUGGACGGUACGUUGUUCGGCUGCCGUUCACAACAACCCCAAGGAACCUCGAGGAAACCCGCAGGCCAGCCGAGAGAUUGCUGCAUGCUAUGGAGCGGAAAGGCAGCCAGGACUCUCGUUUCGGCGAUCUGUACCGUUCAUUUAUGCAGGAGUACGAGGACCUGCAACACAUGAGCGAAGUCAAGGAAGGAUCCAACAAAGACAAAGGAGUCAGAAUCUGCUACUUACCGCAUCAAGAACUCGCUGACGACGAGGAAUUCCGCUUCCCUCACGGGGCCGCUGCGCUACGACGGGACUGCUACGUUGACGACGUUGUUUCGGAAGCCAACACAUUGUCUGAGGCUACAAUUCUGCAGCGUGAACUUCACGGACUUCGCAUGGCGGGCUGGUUUCCGCUGCGAAAGUGGGCCGCCAAUUGUGAGGAGACACUCACCGGAGUCCCGCAGGAAGACAGGCUUCUCAAGGCUCAGCACACCUGGGAGGAUGAGCUUCAGUCCACGCUUGGUCUUCUAUGGUACUCGCGCAGCGACCAGUUCGCUUUCGCGAUCCAAGCCCGCACAACCUCCGAGUACACGAAGAGGCGCGUCCUUGCAGAAACAGCGCGUCUUUUCGAUCCAUUGGGCUGGCUGGCACCAGUGUGGCGGCUUCUUCUCGAGAAGCUUCCACAACUGGAGAAUUUACGAAUUCCUCGCUGGCUUCAAACGGGAGAUGAAGCCUCAACUUUCCAAAUACACGGCUUUGCGGAUGCGUCCGAGAGAGGAUACGCCGCUGCCGUGUAUCUCGGCAUGUCUAACGGUGACACCGCGACAAUCCAUCUUCUGGCUGCAAAAAGCAAAGUUGCUCCUAUAAAGCAAAUUUCGUUACCGCGCCUCGAACUUUGUGCCGCAACAUUGCUAGUAAAUCUUACUCACCAUAUAAGCACUGCAUUGAGUCUUUCCACAGCCCCAACGUACUUAUGGUCCGACUCCAAGGUCACGUUACUGGAUCCAAGGACACGCAUCAAGGUGGAAAACAUACGUGCCAAUCGAGUAGCCCAGAUCCAAUUGACGCUCCCAAACGCUCAGUGGAGACAUGUUCCCGGUCGAGAAAACCCGGCCGACUGCGCUUCCAGAGGGAUAGCUCCCAGCGAGCUGGCUCACCAUGCCUUGUGGUGGACUGGUCCUGAUUGGCUCCGCCAAUCCGAGCUCAGUUGGCCGAAGAAGAACCUGGAGGCGCUCAAGGACGAACCGCCCGAGAAGAGAGCAACCACGCACCACGCCGCCGCCGUAGAAAUCGAGCCUGAGCUCCUGCUCAGGUUUUCCUCGCUGCACCGGCUUCUCAGGGUGACAGCGUGGUGCCUUCGGUGGCGACGCUCAAUCGUUCGCCCACAACUUCCGCGCGACGCAACACCACAGGUCCUUCAACCGGCCGAGCUCGACGAAGCUCUGUAUAGAUGGCUCCGCGUAGUGCAAUCACUACACUACCCCGAAGAACUCGCCGCCAUCAACGCCAAUCGCAUCGUCUCAUAUCGCAGCUGUCUCUCGAAGUUGAGUCCAUUCCAGGACGACAACGGCGCUUCCGAGCUUCAUCGCCCGAUGGCCAGCGAAUCGCCAACGUCACCAACUCCAGCGGUGUCCGGUGGCAUUUCAAUCCACCCGCUGCGCCGCACUUCGGAGGACUUUGGGAGGCAGCGGUGA